AUGGCCGAAGAUUUAAUUAGCUUUCAAGUCACAUUCAAAGGAAGAACUAUUCAGGUGGAAAAUUUAACGCUAAGUCAUACGAUUCGAGAAUUAAAAGAGCAUCUCGCAGAAGAGACGAAUAUUCCUGUAGAAUUCCAGAAAUUGUUUUAUAAAGGUCUACUUAAUAAUGAUUCUACUCUACUAGAAUGUAAAUUUAAGAAUGGUAUCAAAGCAUUACUGGUAGGAAGUUCUCAGCAAGAAAUUCAAACAGUUAAUGCGGCAGAUUCGAAAGUUAUACACCAGCCGUCAAAAUCAAAAUAUGCAAUUAAUCCAUACAAAAAUAUUAGAACCGAAAAUUCAUUAGAUAAUAAUUAUACAUUUCAUAAAAUUGAAGUUAUUGAACAUUUUCCUAAUCCUGAUCAGGCCUUUGCCUUACUUGAGAAAUUACGCGAUGAUCGAGGCAUCCGUGCAAUAAUGUCACACUAUAAAUGGAGUGUGGGGAUACUGCAGGAAUUGAGCCCUGCUGAAAAAACAAUUUUAGGAUUUAACAGAAAUGCCGGACAAUUAAUUUCUUUAAGAUUGCGUACGGAUAAUAUGCAAGGAUUUAGGCAUUACCCCGAAAUCCGACGUGUCUUGUUACACGAACUCACACAUAAUGUUUGGAGCGAACACGAUGACAAUUUCCAUCGUUUGAACAGGCAAUUAAAUAAAGAUAUUUCAAAUGAAGAAUUUUAUAAUCCACCAGAGGAAGAAGAAAUUGAUGCGCGCUCGUGGGAAGGCGGUACAUAUGUAUUGGGUGGAGAUCCAUCUCGUGCUAAUGCUAUAUCAAGGCGAGAGCUCUUGGCGGAAGCAGCUUUGAUCCGAUUGACAAAAGAAGAAAAGGAACUAACUGAGGGAUGCGGUUCUCACAGGCAUUCAGAUAAACCCGAUGCUAGUUAA